AUGAACAACAAUGUCGUUGUAAACUUGCCGCAUUCGCGGACGUUGUACCGUCAAUAUGAGGAAUUCAAUGUGCUCAAGAAUACUCCCAAAGCCUACCAGUUUGAUACUCUGAAGACCAUAAAAGAGAACUUGAACUCUUUGGCACUUUUUGCAUUGCAAGGCUCGACUACCUUGCCAAUUUUCUACUCGUUUAAGGAUAUUUUCCUCGACUUGAUAUCGAGAUGGGUUUCACACCCCGAAGAGUUUGAGACCGAGUACCGUGCUGAAUACUCCAACCGGAAUAAUGAACCAGCAGGUGUGAUUCGAGGUUCCACCAUAUUACGUGCGUUAUCGAGAUUGGUCAAUAUUUCGAAUGAAUCAUUGAAUCUAAUUGAAUUUUUCAUCAACAAAAUCGAUUUUUUCACCAGUAUUGAUUCUCAUCUCAGCACUAUUACUGCAGCAGAAUUAGAACAUAUUCUUCUUUCCUUUUAUAGACUUAUUACCUACGACAACCACAGAUUCAAGAACUUUAUUCUUCCACACGUGUUGUACACCAUUAUCCGCCAAGACAACCCUGAAUAUGAUGUUGCGAAGUACUUAGCUAUCAGAAUCUUAUCACAGUUCCUAAGUGCUUCUGAACAAGCACAAUCCAAAAUGAUAGAUACCCACAUUGGCCGAGCUGACAACCUCCGAUCUCGCUAUGAAACAGACCCAGAUUUGGACUAUGCAUUCUUGUCACUCUUAGAAGCUAAAAGAUUGUCCAAUUUCAACUCCUUGCCAUCUGCAUCGGACACCGUUGUUGCCAAAACUGAAAACAUAGUCAUAGCCCCAGGCGAUCUCAGCGAGUUAGUGAUUUCCAUUUGUGGAGUCUUGGUGCCUAAUAUUGUUUCAGAAAAGGAGCCUAAGUCAGUUGCAGACCCUACUUUUGUAGCUACCGAGAACUCUGUGAAUGUGUUGAGACAAUUGGCUCACAACAUUCAGAAUAACAAGCCAGUUAUGCUCUACGGAAAGGCUGGUUCCGGAAAGUCUUUCCUUAUCAACCAACUUGCAAACUAUAUGUCAUAUGACAAUUCCAUAGUCAAGAUCCAUUUGGGCGAACAAACUGAUGCUAAGCUCUUGUUGGGUACGUAUUCGUCAGGUGAAAAGCCAGGCACUUUUGAAUGGAGGUCUGGUGUCUUGACAUCCGCUGUUAGAGAAGGCAAGUGGGUAUUGAUUGAAGAUAUUGACAAAGCACCUACAGAGGUGUUAUCCAUCUUAUUGACAUUAUUGGAGAAGAGGGAAUUGACUAUCCCAUCUAGAGGUGAAGUUAUCAGAGCCAAAAAUGGAUUUCAAUUGAUUUCCACUAUUAGAAUCUCAGACGAUUCAAAGUUCACCGUUCCUGACUUGAUUGGUUUGAGACUAUGGGAACUUAUUAAGGUUGAAGUUCCCAAUGAAGUAGACUUAAAGAACAUUUUGAUCACGAGAUUCCCAUUACUUCAGAAUUUGAUCAUUCCUUUCAUUAAGUGCUACAAGGAAAUUACACGUAUCUACUCGUUGACUUCAUUCAUCUCUUUGAACAAGGGUUCUCAUCCCAGAGUGAUCUCUUUCAGAGAUUUAAUGAAAUUUUGUUCUAGAUGCAAUUCCAUGUUGAUCAACUACGGUGUGUCUACGCCCAAUCAAUUGCUUGAAUCAACUAUAUAUGAUAACAUCUUUGCAGAAGCUGUAGACUGUUUUGGAAGUGCCAUUACCGAACAGACAGCUUUGACACCUCUUGUAAAUGCAAUUGGUGAAAUCUUGGAAGUUCCAGAGUCCAGAAUCAACUUAUUCUUAACGAAGCAUAUCCCUAACUUUAUUAAUGAUGAUGAAAAAUUCCAAAUAGGCAGAGCUACUUUACGCAAGUCUGCAACCGACAAAGCUUUAUACACUCUGAAGCAAACUGGUAACAAUACUUCGUUUGCCAGAACAAAUCAUUCCUUAAGAUUGAUGGAACAGAUCGGUGUUUCUAUCCAGAUGGCAGAACCAGUUCUUUUAGUGGGUGAAACUGGUACUGGUAAAACCACAGUGGUUCAACAAAUUGCCAAGCAGAUGAAUAAGAAACUUACAGUCAUCAACGUUUCUCAACAAACGGAAGCUGGUGACUUGUUGGGUGGUUACAAGCCUGUCAACACCAAGACAGUAGCUGUUCCCAUUCAGGAAGUAUUUGAGAAUCUCUUCAUAGCCACUUUUUCAGGCAAGAAGAACGAGAAGUUUUCUCGCGUGUUGUCCAAGUGUUUCAACAAAAACCAAUGGAAGAACGUCAUCAGAUUAUGGCGUGAAGCCAUUAAGAUGUCGAAGGAUAUUCUUGCUCAGACUACAGAAUCAGACGAAGACGGUGCUCCGAAGAAGAAAAGAAAGUUGGGCUCUCUUGAGAAAUCCAUCCUUCUUGAGAAGUGGGUGGAAUUUGAGAUUAAAGUCAAAGACUUUGAAAUCCAAACCGCCUCUCUCGAGAACUCGUUUGUCUUUAACUUUUUAGAAGGCUCUUUGGUUAAGGCAGUCAGAGAAGGUGAAUGGUUGUUACUUGAUGAAAUUAACUUGGCUUCUGCUGACACUUUAGAAAGCAUCGCCGACUUGUUAUCUGAGAGCCUUAAUCAAAGAUCGGUACUUUUGACUGAAAAGGGAGACGUUGAAUCGAUUAAGGCUCACCCAGAGUUCAGAAUCUUCGGCUGUAUGAAUCCUUCUACUGAUGUGGGUAAACGAGACUUGCCAUUGAGUAUUCGUUCCAGAUUCAGUGAGAUUUAUGUUCAUUCUCCAGACAGGGACAUCAAUGAUCUUCUUUCAAUCAUCGAUAAGUACGUUGGGAGAUACGCUAUUGGUGAUGAAUGGGUUGGUAAUGAUAUUGCCGAGUUGUAUUUGUCGGCCAAAGAUCUUUCGGAAUCCAACAAGAUCGUUGAUGGUGCCAACCAGAGACCUCACUUCAGUAUUCGUACUUUAACCAGGACUCUAAUCUAUGUUUGUGACAUUGUUUCAAUCUAUGGGUUGAGAAGGUCUCUUUACGAAGGUUUUUGUAUGGCAUUCUUAACAUUGUUGGAUGUAAAGUCAGAAGAAAUUUUGAGACCCGUAAUAGAAAAGCAUACUAUCGGAAGAUUAAAGAAUGCAAAAUCUGUAAUGAGUCAAAUUCCACCAGCGCCCAGUUCGAAAGCUGAAGAAUUUGUUCAAUUUCGUCACUACUGGAUGAAGCAUGGACCCGAGGAGGUCAUUCCUCAACCACAUUAUAUCAUUACUCCAUUCGUGGAAAAGAAUAUGCUUAAUUUGGUUCGUGCUACAGCUGGUAGAAGAUUCCCUGUCUUGGUUCAAGGUCCAACUUCAGCCGGUAAAACUUCCAUGAUUCACUAUCUUGCUAACAUUACGGGCCAUAAGUUCGUUCGUAUUAACAAUCACGAGCAUACAGAUUUGCAAGAAUACUUGGGUACAUAUGUAUCUGAUUCUACUGGUAAGUUGUCGUUCAGGGAAGGUAUCUUGGUUGAAGCUUUGAGAAAGGGUCAUUGGAUUGUCUUGGAUGAGUUGAACUUGGCUCCAACUGACGUGUUGGAGGCUUUAAAUCGUUUGCUUGAUGACAACAGAGAAUUGUUUAUUCCCGAGACUCAAGAAGUAGUCCACCCACACCCCGACUUCAUGCUCUUUGCUACGCAAAAUCCUCCUGGUAUUUAUGGUGGUAGAAAGGUGUUGUCGCGAGCUUUCCGUAAUAGAUUCUUGGAACUCCACUUCGAUGAUAUUCCACAGGAUGAAUUGGAGACGAUCUUGAAGGAAAGAUGUCAGAUCGCUCCUACCUAUUGUAAAAAGAUUGUUGAAGUGUACAAGAAUUUGUCUAUUCAACGUCAAUCUACAAGGUUGUUUGAACAAAAGAACUCGUUUGCUACAUUGAGAGAUUUGUUCAGAUGGGCCCUUCGUGAUGCUGUCGGAUACGAGGAGCUUGCUGCCAAUGGGUACAUGUUGUUAGCUGAACGUGUCAGAAAGGAAGACGAAAAGAGAGUCGUCAAGGAAGUCAUAGAGAAAGUUAUGAGAGUGAAACUUGAUAUGAAUGCCUACUACAAGAGCUUAGAAGUCGAAGCCUUGAUGAAGGUUGGCACUUCCGUGGUUUGGACUAAGGCUAUGCGUAGACUUGCUGUAUUGGUUUUCACUUCUAUGAAGUACAAAGAGCCACUCUUAUUGGUAGGUGAAACCGGAUGUGGAAAAACUACUGUCUGUCAGAUCAUUGCUCAGUACCUUAGAAAAGAACUCAUCACUGUCAAUGCCCAUCAGAACACAGAAACCGGUGACAUCCUCGGUGCACAAAGACCAGUACGUAAUAGGUACGAAAACCAAAGAAUGCUUUUCACAGAUCUUGUUGCUCUCUUUGGCAUCCUCAACAUUGAUAUUUCUAUGGAAGAUAGCACCCUUGAACACUUGCUUGCCAAAUUCGAUUCAUUACAAGAUUAUGGUGAAGCGGAUCCGGAGUUGAUUUCUAAAAUCAAAGAAGGUAGAAGAAACUCCGCUGUUUUGUUCGAAUGGAAUGAUGGUCCUUUGGUUCGUGCCAUGAAGAAUGGAAGUUUCUUUUUGUUGGAUGAGAUUUCCUUGGCCGACGAUUCUGUCUUAGAAAGAUUGAAUUCAGUAUUAGAGCCAGAAAGAAGUUUGUUAUUGGCUGAGAAGGGUACUGAUGAUGUCUUUGUCACUGGUGCCGAAGGUUUUGAGUUUUUGGCUACCAUGAACCCAGGUGGGGAUUACGGGAAGAAAGAGCUUUCUCCGGCUUUGAGAAACCGUUUCACGGAAAUCUGGGUGCCUUCAAUGGAAGACUUCAAUGACGUUAGAGAAAUCGUAGCUGACAGAUUAGUUGACAAAGUUCACGUUGAGGCUAUUGUCCAAUUUUCUGAAUGGUACGGAAAGAAGUUUGGAGGUGGCCAUGCUGACAGUGGUGUGAUUUCUCUUAGAGAUAUCCUUGCCUGGGUUCAGUUUAUCAACUCGUGUGGAAAUAGAGCAACCAGCGAAGAGGCUUUAUUACAUGGUGCUUCUAUGGUUUUCAUCGAUGCAUUAGGAACAAAUAAUACUGCCUUCUUAGCUGAGAAUGAAGUCAAGUUACGCGAGCAAAAGGUUGAAUGUGUCAGCGCCUUGUCCGAGUUUAGCGGAAAAGAUCUCUUAAGCAUUUAUUCUAAUAGCUUUGAAGUUUCUUUGACCGACUCCAAUGUCUCUGCUGGCCCCUUUUCUAUUGCCAGAGUUGAAGGUUCUGUUUCUAGUGAUUCCUUUAACUUGCAUGCUCCAACUACGUCAGCCAAUACAAUGCGUGUCAUUAGAGCAAUGCAAGUGCAUAAGCCAAUUUUGUUGGAAGGUAGUCCUGGUGUCGGUAAGACUAGUUUAGUUUCAGCUAUCGCCAAAGCUACAGGCAACUAUUUGGUUCGAAUUAACUUGUCCGAACAGACUGAUUUGAUUGAUUUGUUUGGUUCUGAUGCGCCAGCAGAAGGAGGAAAGACUGGUGAAUUCGUCUGGCGUGACGCUCCUUUCCUCAGAGCAAUGCAAAGAGGUGAGUGGGUAUUGCUUGAUGAAAUGAAUUUGGCUUCCCAAUCUGUCUUAGAAGGUUUGAAUGCAUGUUUAGAUCACCGUGGAGAAGCAUACAUUCCAGAAUUAGACAAAUCCUUUAGUUGCCAUCCGGACUUCAAAGUUUUCGCUGCUCAGAAUCCACAGUACCAAGGUGGUGGCAGAAAGGGUUUGCCCAAAUCGUUUGUCAAUCGUUUUUCUGUCGUCUAUGUGGAUACAUUAAAAUCAGAAGAUUUGAAUUUGAUUUCGCAACACUUGUAUCCUGAAAUUCCAAGUGAUGUUUGUUCUAAAAUAAUUGAUUUCAUGUCCAAACUUGAAGAACAAGUAGUGAUCAAGAAGAAUUGGGGGUCAUCUGGUGGUCCUUGGGAAUUCAAUUUGCGUGAUACUUUGAGAUGGUUAGAAUUGUUGAACGCUAAAUCCAUCUGCGAAGAUAUCAGUCCUGCUGAUUUCCUUAACAUGAUUGUCAUCCAAAGAUUCAGAACCGAGGAAGACCGAGCUAAGGCAGUUUCUUUAUUCAAGUCGAUUUUUGGAGAACCACUUCACCGUGACAAUUUUUACUUCGCCACAGAAUCAUACUUGCAAUCUGGAGAAGCACUUAUUAAGAAGACGAGCUCGGUCCUGAGCUCUAGUGGAUCGAAGGCUAUUCCCUUGCAAUGUAACUUUUCUCUUAUCGAGACCUGUCUCAGAUGUGUCAAUAGGAACAUUCCCCUAAUCUUAACCGGUCCUUCUAAUUCGGGAAAGACUGAAUUAGUCAGACUUGUUGCCAAUGCUGUUGGAGCUAAGGUGGAUGAAUUUGCUAUGAAUAGUGACGUUGACUCCAUGGAUAUACUUGGUGGUUACGAACAAGUUGAUUUAACUAGAGCAAUUGUUGAUGUCGUGGCUAAGGUUUACGAUACCUUAAUUGACUUAGUGUUGUCUAAUUUGUAUGUCAAUGAUUCAGAAUCCAGUACUUUGUCUCAAUCGUUGCAAUUAAUCAGCUACAUUUCCAACAAAGAGAUCUCUGUAUCUAACUACAGCCAAUUCCACUCAUUCUUGAAAUCGUUUUUGUCAUUCUUCUCUAACGAAGCACUUAUUUUGUUACUUGAAGCCUCUGAAAAGCUCGAAAAGAGAAUUCAAGAAGACAGGAGCGUCAAAUUUGAAUGGUUUGAUGGUUUGUUGGUGAAGGCAGUUGAAAAAGGUAACUGGUUAGUUCUUGAUAAUGCAAACUUAUGCAGUCCUUCUGUUCUUGACAGGUUGAAUUCCUUGUUGGAAACAAACGGUUCCUUGAUAAUUAACGAAUGCAGCAAUGCCGACGGUCAACCUCGUACACUCAAGCCACAUCCAAACUUCAGAUUAUUUUUGACAGUAAACCCUAAAUAUGGAGAGUUGUCUAGAGCUAUGAGAAACAGAGGCAUUGAAAUCUACUUGGAAUCGUUGUCAGAAAGAAUCACCUCUUUUGAUGGAAGUAUCCUAGGCUUAACCAAGACUAAACAUGACAAGGAUAUCACCGAGAGAUUAAAUGAAUUGAAGGUAGUCGAAUCGUUUAUCCCUACAGUCGGUUUUGUACCUGCCAAUGAUACACCGACCAGAACAUUUGCUCUCAUUGAUGACGUUAUGAAUUUAAAUUCUAAAAUUACGUCCGAAAGCAUUAACGCUUCUUUAACCUUGUUGCCAUUUGUGUUAACCAACAAAGUGGAAUCUUGGGCUUCAUUGGUAGAAGUGUCCAGCGAGUUUAAUUCCAAAACUAAGGAGAUAGCUCAGGUUAUGCUAAGAAGAUGGAAGUUCCUUUUGGAAGAAGGCAUUGUAUCAAAGUUGGCAUCAUUAUUCUCUAAAUCUGCUGUUGCUGCCAAUCAAAUCGUUGGUAUUAAUAUCAACUUUUCAGAAUCUCAAUAUUUGCAUCCGCAGCUCAACAAUUAUUUGACAGCAUUAGUCAAGAAUAUCGCACCUGAAUUUGACUCUUCUGAACCAACUAUGUUCUUUGAAGUUGUUUCUAAUAUCAUUGAAUCUAUUGAAAGGAGAAAGACAAUUGAAGAGAGGGCCAAUAAUGCCCGAAUCAACACUUUGUCGUACGUGGAAAAGUCAGCUGCUUUUGAACUUGGAAGAGAAAUCAAGUCUCCUCCAAACUUAAGAAUCUUCAAAUUUAUCGUGGAAGUAGAAGAGUUCGUUAGAAAUGUCUUCACUUCAAGCAUAGAAUCUCGUCUUUUCUCUUCGGACUCCACAUACAAGAGCCUUUACGAUUUGCAGAUUUUAGUGAAUGGUAUUGCUCGUUCUUCGGAAGAAAAAAGUGAAUCCAAAAUCAGAAUUUACCAAGAGUUAAUUAACAAAUGGAUCGACAAUUACUCCGAAGCCGAAUUUAUAGCUCCAUUUAUAUCUGAUUUAUCAUCUUCGUUAACAGCCUUUGGAGAUAAGUUGGUGUUAACUUCUGGAUUUUCAAUGGAUGCCCUAUGGGAGCAAUUUAGACGCACUUAUCCUCGAGAUGAAAACAGCUGGAAUAAUGCCCAAAAUUUGUUAAGGUUAGCAAAUGAAUUUGAUCUCAUUGCAAGAGAACAAUUUGUUGACGUCACAGAGUACAUUGUUCAAUUAAGAUUGCUUUUCAUCCAAUUGUACAGCUAUCUUUUGUCUGAUUCAUUCAACGCCGAGGAAUAUGCUCAUAUUUUGUCAACCCUAGAAUUAGGUAUCAGUAAAUUAAGUGAUGCUUCCUCCAGUUUCCUUUACAAACGCCAGAACACCUUGGAGUUGGAAUUUGCCUACCUUCAUAAUUUUGUUAAUUCACCUUCUGCCAGUAGCAACUGGAACUUAAACGAUAGCAUUUAUUUGGCUUCACUUGCCAAUAGAAGUACUGCUGCUUUGUUACAAAAUCCGGACUGCAAGGAAUUUUAUCCUUACCCAGCCGUGCUCGACCUGCUUUGGCACGAAGUUGAAGGUUCUAGUGUCUCUUUGAGUGAGGGUUUGUUCUCUAAUGAUUUUGCCAGUAACUUGUUGAAGAAAUCUGGAACAUUUGGAUCUGUUGCCGGUAAGUACUUGCAGCAAGACUUGGAAGAUUUUAAAUUGAUGGGAAGAGCUAUUGUUAAACACUCCGCUGAGAUUUUGAUUGAUCAAAGACAAUCAUUUAGGACAAUGCUACAGUCAUGGUUCUUCAGAAUUUUGGAAUCUCAUUCGGAGACAUUCGAUGAAUGCACAUAUACUGAAAUUGUGGCAAAAUUGAACCUAGGUGAUAUGAAUGCUUUUGAUUUUGAAGCCGCCUGCAAUUUGAUUCAGAGAUCGACUGAUGAGUAUUUCGUAACCGUUGUUAAUGAUUUCUUUAUUCCAUCGAUGAUUGUUUCGAGAGAUUCUUCUAACUUGGGCUCGUUGGGUAAAGCAUGGGUUCUUUUUUCGUGUGGUUGUAUUCAACUUUUCGUUCCAAGCUCACCAUAUGAUCCAGCCAUUAGAGAGUACAUCAUCUAUGACAGAUUUGAAGAACAGAAGCAGGCCUCAGAGAGGCUUAUCUCUUCGUGGCGCACUAUUAGAGCAGCUGUCAGUGGUGAUGAGAAGAUUCACAUCGAAGACUGCUUGUUGCCAAUUUCGGAUGACGCUGCCCCUCAAAAGCCUAUGGUGUAUAGGCCAACAGAGUCCUUUGACGGAUUAUUUGAAGAGUGGAAUUCUUUUAUGGACUCAACUAUCAGCAUUGCUCCUGUUCAAGCUUUGUUGAAAAGUGCUGAAAACUUGUCUGCUUCAAGCGAAAAGAUGUUAGAUAUUUUUCAAAAAAACUCUUCUAAGUUCUUGUUCCGCUUAAGACUGAAUUAUUUGGUAUACUCCGAUUUGAAUGAUAUAUUGAAAGGCUACAUUUAUGGCCUCAAAUUGGGGUUCGAAUUGUUGUCGAUUGAAGGCAAGAGACUGACUGCUGGUUUCAAGUAUGUUGAUCUUUGGUCUGUAGAUGCUUCUGAACUUGCUAUUGAAUCAAGUGUCAUAUCGAUGUUUGAGAAGGCUAAGAACUUCAACAAGAAAAUUAGCGUAGAUUCACAGGCUUCAGAACAAUUGAUGCUUUUCUUCAUCAAGUUGUGCUACUCUCAUAAGGCAGCUAACACAAACUCUGUCUUGUCAGAUGUUCACAUUCAGUCUUUCCAAUCGUUGUACUACAGGUGGACUUUACGUCGAAUGAAAGAAGAAGAAGAAAAUUUGCAAAAAGGUAACUUGUACAAGUACUCUGAUCCAGAUUCGGAUAUUGAGGGUGAUUUCAGAAAGUUAUUCCCAGACUACGAAGAGGUGUUUGAUUCUGAUGUCACCACCAGCAAGAAUAAUAACAGUUUUGAUACAUUGUACUACGACAUUACUCAAGCAUACAUCGACUACUACACUCAUAACAAGACCAAUGACUUGAGUUCGUUGGUGAACGAAGGCAAUGAAUUGAACAAGACAUUGUCUCAGUACAGAUCUGAAAUCAUGAAGGAUAAAAUCAAUUCUUCAGUCUUGUCUUCGUUGAUUACUUCUAUGGCCAGCAUCUACAAGAAGUACAACAGCAACGACGGUCCAUUUGAUUUCUACCACGACAGCUCCCCAAGUGAAGCAAAAAAGUCCAUUGUGAUAAUUUCCAGAGUACAUGCUUCUGUUUCCAAGUUCCUUGAACAGUGGCCUGAACACGCGACGUUGCAAAACAUAACAAAGGCUUCAGAUGAAUUUUUGAUGCAUCCAUUGGACUCACCAGUUGCUAAGUUGUUGCAGAAGGUGGAACAGAUCUAUACAUUGAUGGCUGAAUGGCAGAAGUAUGCCUCCAGCCAAGUUUCAUUGAAGGAAAAUUUUGACGAGUUGACCACCUUGAUUGUGAACUGGAGAAGAUUGGAGUUGUCAACUUGGAACACUAUAUUCUUGAGCGAAGAAAAAGCUCUUGAAAAAGGUAUUGGUAAGUGGUGGUUCCACCUUUUCGAAUCUAUCAUUGUUCCGAUUCUUGCUGAUAAUGAACAGGCAGAAUUCUCGCCAACGAAGUUGUUAUCAGCCCUAAAUGUUUUCAUGAGUAAAACUACUUAUGGGGAGUUCGUUCCAAGAUUAAACCUCCUCAAGGCAUUUAAGAACCAUGUUUCUCAAUUGUUAGGAGAAAGCAAUGUCUAUCAUGCGCUUUCCAACUUCAUCUUGUUCUACGAACAAUUCGUUCCUUUGGUCGCUGAUGCUAUUGCGGCAACUAGAAAGACACUCGAAAAGAAUAUUUCUGAAGUUAUCUUAUUGGCCAGUUGGAAGGAUGUGAACAUUGAUGCUCUCAAGCAAAGUGCUAGAAAGUCUCACAACAGUCUUUACAAGGUUGUGAGAAAAUACCGUGCUAUUCUUGCUACUGAGGUGUCUCCGUUAAUUGAAGCUGGUAUCGCUGUAGAAACAAAAUCCGAAGUUAACAUGAAAAGUUUGUCGAGAAUUGGAGGCAUUGUCGUAGAUAAUGAUUUGGAAAUUUGUUCAGCAGUCAGUUCCUGGAAAGAGAGACCUGCCAGAUUGCAAAACUUGGACCUUGUAAAUAGGAAUAUGGGAGUCUACAUAAACAGAAUCACAGACGAGAGUCUUCCUAACCUAAUGGAUUACGCCAAGGAAUUGUUUGAAGAAAUGGAAAGACUUAGAAAAGAAACUCCCAAGGAAUUAAAAGAAGCCAACAAGAAGUUGAUCACUGCAUUGAAGACACAAAAGAAGAAGUUAUUGAGUGACACUUUAAAGGAACUUAGACGAAUUGGAUUGAAGACUGCUUUGAGAGCUGAUAUAGUCAAGGGUCAAGGUGGUGUUAAUGUAAUUGUCGGUAAUAGUUCAAGUUUCGAAGGGACUGAAUUAGAAUCGUCUGAUGUCUACUUCUACAGAAUAUUGGAUAUUCUUCCUAAAUUAAGAGCAUCCAUUUCCAACGUUGCUGAAGAUGUUCCGCAGGUUGAUGCUGACAAGGGUCUUGCUGCAGCUGAGAAUUUGGUGAACACUAUUGUAGCUACUAGAGACCCAUUACGAGUUUUCUCUGAGUACAUUCCUAAGUUGGCUAAAGUCUACAAGUCGUUAGAGAUUAUUUCCCAAUCAAGAAGCGAGAAUAUAGAUCUUGCUAGAGCAUCUGAAUAUUCUUCAAUUGAGAUGAACUUGCAUGGAAUCAAAUAUGUUCUUCAUUGGCUACCAAAAUUGAUUGACUUUGCGUUACUCACUGCUCAAGCAGUUGACACAUUCGAACCAGGCACUCAAUCAAAGUUGUUCUACGACAUUAAACUCGAACUUUCGUCUUUGAAAAACGAAUUUGAUAGUAUCGAUCCAUACGUCCGUACAUCAGCUACUUCUAUGUUCAUCCGGAAGUUUGCCGAAGAGUAUAUUGGGUUCUCAAAGAGGCUCAAUAGCUGGAAGCUCCAGUACAAGAAUGCUGGCUUCAUUGCCGAAGUGGUUUUGUCUUGGAUGAAUAGUGUCAACUUCUCAGGCUUAGUUCAGUCUUCUACGUCGUUGAAUAGCUUGGGUUCAUUGGAAAAUGUGGAAAUUUCUCUUAGAAAGCUCUCCAACUCUAUUAUUGUUGCUGUUCAAAGAGUUACUGAAUGUCAAGAAGGUGAAAUCACUGAGGAGAAUGAUAAUUGGUUGGUUUUAACACAGACCAGAAUCAUGAAGUACAUUAAAUCAUUACAUUCCAAGCGUAUACAUGAUGAGCUUGCUGUCUGUCUUGAUACCAUUUCUUCUGUGGAACAGAAUACAGAGACUUCUAAAGUUACUUCAGCGUUGGUUUCUUUCACUCUUCCUUUGAUAAACCAUUAUUUCCGAUUAAGUUCAAAUGUGUUUGAAACAGCCAGAGAUAACUACUACAAUACUUCUAGGGCUACUUUCAUGAUGACUGUUGCAUUAUACAAUUUGGCUACUAAGGGUUUCUGCUCUCCAGAACCACCUACGGAACAAAAGGAAGAUAACAACUUGCACGAUGGGACUGGUUUAGGUGAUGGAGAGGGUGCGACCAACAAUUCGAAUGAUGUUGAGGAUGAUGAAGAUUUAUCUGAACAAGCUCAACAACCCAACGAAGAAAAUAAUGACGACGACAAUGAAGAAGAAAACGAUGAUGCUGUAGAUAUCGAAGGUGAUAUGGCCGGCAAUCUAGAGAAUGCUUCUGAUCAGGAAGAUGACGAGAAUGACGGUGAUGAGGAUGACCAAGAAGAUUUGGAUGAAGAAAUUGACGACCUUGAUGACCUCGAUCCCAACGCCAUUGAUGAGAAGAUGUGGGACGAAGAAGUUAAGGAAGACAAGAAUGAAAAGGAAAGCGAUGAAGUUCCUGAAAAUGCCAAUAAGGAUGACGAUAAUAUGGAAGCCAACGAAGAUGAAGACAGCGAACAGAGUAAAGACAAAGAAAAAAAGCAAUCCGAACAAGGCGAAGAAGAUAAAGAAAGCGAAGAGAAAGAAAAAGAAGAAGAAAAUGGCACAGAUGAAGAAGGCGAAGAAAAUGAUGUUGGUGAGCAAGAAGACGAAGUCAAUCAUCAAGACAACGAGCAAGUGGAAGACCAUGUUCCUCAGACUGAGGCACUUGAUCUUCCUGACGAUAUCAAUUUAGAUGACGACGAAGAGGCUGAUGGUGAUGAUAAGGAAGAGGAAUUUGACGAUAAGAUGGAUGUUGAUGAUGAAGAAGAAGAAGAAGCCCAAGGUAAAGAAGAAGAAAACCAAUCUGAUGCUAAGGAAGAUGGCGAAACCGAAGAAGGUGUCGACGAAGAAGGAGAAGAAGACGAAGAAGGAGAAGAUCAUGACCAAGAAAAUGGACAAGAAAAUGACAACAAUGAAAUUGGUGAAGAGCCUCAAGAAGAAAAUGAAAACGACGGAGAACAAUCUGACGAAGAGACUCUUGGUAACACAGAUGAAAAAGAAGAAGAAAAUGAACAUGGCAAUGAUGCAAUGGAUCAGGAUGCUGAAGGUGUUGAUGGAGCGAAUCAAGAUAUUCCCAACGAAGACAUUGAUGCGGAGUCAGCUGUCAAACAAGAGGCUGGUGAUAAGGGUGAGGGUGCUGAUAAUCAAGUUUCCGAAGAGAAUGAUAAUAUUGGUUCUACUGGAAAUGCCUCAUCAGAUCCAAACCAACAGGAUAAGGAGGAAGAUAAUUCUGUUAAAGACGAUGCUCGUGAUAUGGCCAAGGAAUCUUUAAAACAAUUGGGAGAUACCUUGAAGGAAUUCCACCGUCGUCGUCAAGAGAUUAAGGAAGCUGCCAAGGAAGAAAAGGAAAAGGUAGAAGAAAAAGCCAACGAAAGACCAGAUGAGUUUCAACAUGUUCAAGGUGAGAAUACUGAUUUCGACACCCAAGCAUUGGGAGCAGCCGAUAAGGACCAAGUCCAAUCGUUGGAUGAAGACAUGGCAAUUGAUGAUGAUAUCGAAGAGGAUAGGGAAGAGAAGCCAGAAAUCAAACAAGAGGCCGAGGAAGAAGUCGGCGAAGAAGACAUGAUGGACGUUGAUGAAGACUUGGAUGAAGUGAAAAACAACGCAGAAGAUGAUAACGAAGGAAAGACAAAGGGUGCCUUCAUUGGAGAAAGAGAUCAUAAGAAUGAUAGAGACGGAGAGAUUAGUAUCAACAAUGAAAUCAAUAUUGACGAUGAUCAGGAGUCAGAAGACGAAGAAAAUAACCUUGUGCCUGAUGCUAUUGAUGGUGAAGAAAUACCUACUAUUGAAAUCGAUGAAGCUCGUCAAUUGUGGAAACACAGUGAUCUUGCUACUCAAGAAUUGGCCUCGGGUCUCUGUGAACAAUUAAGAUUGAUCUUGGAGCCUACUCUAGCCACCAAGUUGAGAGGUGAUUUCAAGACCGGUAAGAGGUUGAACAUGAAGAGAAUCAUUCCCUACAUAGCCUCUGAGUUCCGAAAGGACAAGAUCUGGUUGAGAAGAACGAAACCUUCUAAGAGACAGUACCAGAUAAUGAUCGCUGUCGACGACUCCAAGUCCAUGAGUGAGAGUAAAUCUACCCAGUUGGCUUUCCACAGUAUUGCCUUGGUUGCUAAGGCAUUGACCCAGUUGGAAAGCGGUGGUUUAUCGAUUGUCAGAUUUGGGGAGGACGUCAAGGUAGUUCAUCCAUUUGACAAGCCAUUCAAUGGCCAAGAGAGUGGAGCCAGAAUCUUCCAAUGGUUCGACUUCCAGCAGACCAAGACGGAUAUUAAACAGUUGUGCAACAAGUCGUUGAAGAUAUUUGAAGAUGCGAGAUCGUCUUCCAACUCUGACUUGUGGCAGUUGCAAAUCAUCAUAUCGGACGGUGUCUGUGAAGACCACGACACCAUUGAGAGAUUGGUUAGAAGAGCCAGAGAAGAGAAAAUUAUGUUGGUGUUUGUCGUCAUCGAUGGCAUUAACUCCAACGAGUCUAUUUUGGAUAUGAGCCAAGUACAAUACGAAGCCGAUCCUAAGACAGGAGCCAUGAACUUGAAGGUUGUGAAAUACUUGGACUCAUUCCCAUUCGAAUUCUUCGUUGUUGUCAGAAACAUCAACGAACUUCCAGAGAUGCUUGCCUUGAUCUUGAGACAAUACUUUACCGAAGUUGCCUCAAUUUAACAUUACUGUAUAAACAAAACAUUGCAUAAUAGACAAAAUUAGGAUUAUGGA